AUGGCGCGCCCGCUCCUCACGCACAACCUCGUGGCUCUCCUCGUCGGCAUCGCGACGGCCGCGCUCCUGCUCGGCCUCGCGCUCGUUCAGCAGCAGCCCGUCGAGACUCGCCAGGCGGCCGCGCCGCAGGCGCUGGCGGCGUCGCCCGCCGCGGCGGACGUGCCGAUCCUCAGGCUGUGGCGUCGCCCCUGCCCUGGCGGCCGCGCCGGCUUCGCAUGCGACGUGCAGUGGGACCUGCAGGACCGCUUCCUGCCCGAGGGGAGCAGGUGGCUGUCGGAGUGGAGGUCUGUCCGUGGCGCGGCGACGCAGUGCCAGCGAGGCUUCUUCACGGCCCUCGCGGCGCGCAUGACGGCGGAGCGCGGGCUGGCCCGCAUGACGGCGGAGCAUUGGUUGGCCGAGUGGGACGAGCAGCCGUUCCGCAUCGCCGCCACACCGCCACGCACGAUCGGAAAGAUGGUGCACCAGCUCGCGAUGGUCAACUACUUCCACCUCACCCUCCCCCCGCGCGCAAAGCCACGUCUCAGGCAGCCGAGGGUGCC